AUGGCUCCUACAAAUAUCUGGAUUGCUGCUUCAGACGGAAACGUGGACUACGUCCGUGAGCUUAUAUCAAGUGGAGCACACACUCCUAACGAUAAAGACCCAAACGGAUAUACACCUCUUCAUGCGGCUACAUCAUAUGGUCAUACAGAUCUGUUGCGAUACUUGUUAAAUAAUGGUGGUGAUAUUUCCAUAGCCGAUAAUGAUGGAGAUACUUUGUUGCACAUUGUGGAAGAUCUCAAGACGGCGCAAAUGCUUGUAGAAGAGUUCAACGCUGAUUGGAAGGCGAAGAAUGAAGAGGGUCAGACACCUCUUACAAAACUCGAAGAUGAGGAAGAAUUCCCAGAACUUAUCGCAUAUUUCAGAUCUCUUGCUGGAAGUACAAUUGUUCCUGUUUCUGAUUCUGCCGAGGCUUCUACAUCUGCUACUCCUGCCUCUUCGCUAAUAGACACACUUUUCUGCAACCCUAACGUCCAACUUUCUUAUGAAAACAUGCCUGAUGAUGAAUCUACUGGAAAGCCACUGCUAUCCGAAGAACAGUUCAAGGAAGUUGAGACUAUCAUCAACGGUGAAAAUGCUGAGGAAGAACUUACAAAGUAUUUGACAAAAAUUGUCGGUAACAGCAUACGCGGCCAAGAAUCUCCAGAAACUUCAACUGAGUCUGGCCGUGAAAAGAAACAAAAAACAUUAUAG